CUCCACUUCUCCAUACUGUAAGAAAAUGGCAUAUGCUCAUUUAUGCAAAGGGCCUCAACCAUCCUCGUGCAUUCACGCAAUUGGUUAUUGCAUUCUCGUAAUUAUAAUAUCCAUGCAGCAUUUACCUCCUUUCAUGAGGGAUGUCUCCUCUUUUUUAUAUCUCACUUCCUUCCUCUAACCACCUUUAAUCCACACCUACGCUUGCUAAUUUCCAUUUUUGAUAAUAUAAAUUAUUUUCCGUUGAUGAUUUUUCAUUACCCAUUUCUUUAUAUACCACCUGCUACAAGUUUUAGCUGUUUCCUUCAGAGUCAAAGUAUGGAUAAUUUGCUUUGUGACGAAGUCUGGUUCUCCACCACAGCUUCUCCUUCAGCUCCUGAUGAUAGCUAUGGCACUGAUGAUUACUGGUCUGAUUCAUUCUACACCACCAAAGAAGACUGUGAAAAGGCCAUUUGUGUAUGCUUGCAGAAGGAGUUAGCUUACAUGCCGGAACCUGGAUAUCUAGAGCAUCUUCUAUCUGAAAAAUUGUUCUUUGCCAGGUUCAAAGCGAUUCAAUGGCUUGUCAAGUCUCGCAGUCGAUUGAACCUCUCUUUUGUGACCCUCUUCAACGCAGCAACUUACCUCGAUCGAUUUAUAUCUAUGAAUCAGUUUCACGGAUGGAAGAAUUGGAUGGUUGAAUUGCUGUCGAUUGCUUGUCUAUCUGUUGCUUCCAAGUUUAGUGAGACGUCUCCUCCUACCUUGCACGAAAUUCAGAUGGAGGACUUGGAUCAUUCAUUUCAAUCAAUCACAAUCCAGAGAAUGGAACUGAUCCUGUUACAGACAUUAGAAUGGCGACUUGGCUCUACCACAGCUUAUUCUUAUGUAGAACUGCUCACUAUGAACAUCGACCCCUCGAAGACUCGUCUUCCAAAGGAACUGGUUGCCCGAGUCACAGAGCUGCUUGUUGGAGCCAUACUAGAUUGCCAAUUGGUGGAAUAUAGACCAAGUAUAGCUUGUGUCUCAGCUCUCUGGUGCAGUUUACAAGAGCUAAUUCCAUCAAAGUCCGAAGCUCACCUUGCCUAUCUUACAGGCUUCUUCAAUCAGAAUCAGAAGGAUGAUAUUAUGAAAUGCCAUAAGUACAUGAAGGAAGCAAAGCUGGUUAAUCCAGUCUACAACUUAGCAGGCUGUGGGAACUCAAACUACUGUCCUUCAAGUCCAGUGACAGUUCUGUUGACAGAAAGGAUUGAGUUGUAUGAUUCCCAUGUUGAUCUCUCUUUCUUUAAGGAUCAUUCAGGAUCAAACAGCAGUAAUCGUGAAUCAAUGCAGAAGAGAAUAAAGAGGAUGAAUUAAUUGUCUUCAAAAAUUAACUUUUGUCUAACAAUUUUCAUUUGAUAAGCUGUUCUGCUGCUAUAGCCUUUAGCUGUGUCUGUAAAAGACUUGGAAGAAAUUGAUAAAGCACCCAC